CCUAUUCAAAUUUUGUACCUAUUCAAAAUUUUUACUCAUCUUAUGUGAUAAUUUGUGCAUAUAAAUACCCUUUACUCCACUGUCACUCUUCUUAGUUUUCUUCUCAGCUCCUCCUCUCCAAAAUGCCCCAUUAUUACCUUCACCGCCGGCCGGUUACUCCGGUGCCGGCAAUAUUUUGUUUUCUCGGAGUUUUUUUAUUCUUUUUCUUGGGCCCUUUGCCUGUUAAUGGGUGGCGUCCAUGGCCCAACCAAAAGCCCAACGCCACCGAGUUAAUCUACGGCGGGUCUAAAAAAUAUGAGGGCUCGUCGGAGUUUGUCCAUUUGAAGUAUCAUAUGGGCCCUGUUCUCACUGCAAAUAUUACCGUUUAUCCCAUUUGGUACGGACGGUGGGGAAAGUCCCAGAAGCGUAUUAUACGCGAUUUCAUCAGCUCAUUCUCUGCCUACGAUUCUAAGCCGCCUUCCGUUGCCGGUUGGUGGAAAACGGUCCAGCUUUACACUGAUCAGACCGGAGCCAAUAUCUCCCGUAAUGUCCACCUCGGCGAAGAGAAAAACGACCGGUUUUACUCUCACGGUAAAUCCUUAACCCGGUUAACUGUACAGUCAGUGAUAAAAUCCGCCGUUACAGCUCGUACCCGACCGUUACCGUUAAACCCGAAAAGUGGCGUCUACUUAUUGCUCACUUCUGAUGACGUGUACGUUCAGGAUUUGUGCCAAAACGUUUGCGGAUUCCAUUACUUCACUUUCCCGUCCAUCGUCGGGUACACUUUGCCGUACGCUUGGGUGGGUAACUCCGCCAAGCUUUGUCCGGGUACUUGUGCGUACCCGUUUUCCGUACCGAAUUACAUGCCGGGUUUUAAAGCCGUGAAGUCACCCAACAACGACGUUGGAGUUGACGGAAUGAUAAGCGUGAUAGCUCAUGAGAUUGCUGAGCUAUCAACGAACCCGUUAGUAAACGCGUGGUAUGCGGGUCAGGACCCGAGUUUUCCGGUGGAAAUAGCGGAUCUUUGUGAAGGGAUUUACGGUACCGGCGGCGGCGGGUCGUACACCGGACAAAUGAUGAACGAUAAAGAGGGUGCCACGUAUAAUAUGAAUGGGUUAAGAAGAAAGUUUUUGGUUCAGUGGGUUUGGAACCAUAUUCUGAAUUAUUGCACUGGCCCUAAUGCACUUGAUCAGUAAAUGUUUCAUUUACCACUCAAAUCACUGUAUGUGCUUUUCUUAAGCAUUUUGGUUUGUCGAUUUUUUUUUUCUUUUUUUUUUCAACUUUAUUUUUAAAUUUUGGUUAAUUUCGAGUUGCUGAUGCAUGUUAAUUAAGCUUUGGUUAUUAUAAGUAUAGUGUAAUAAAAGUAGUUUAUAUGUACUGUAGUAAUUUUGUAUACAAAGUUACUUUGUUCAGUUGUCCAAAUUUUGAAUGGAUUUGUACUUUGUAGGGGCUCUCUUUGGACAUACUUUACUGUACUAUCACAUUCCCCCUUACAGAAUUCAAAAUAAUGAGUUCUGUGAAAGUUGGCAGUGUUUA